AUGUACCUCUCUCCUGAGGUUGAACAACAUAGUGAGAAGAAUGAUGAUUCCUCCAGUUCUGAGAAGGACAUGGCUGCUAAAGGUUCGUGCUCCCUAGGGCAAACUGUGUCUGGUAAAGGAAAAUUUGUGGCAUCUAAAACUGCCAAUGCUUCCCAUUCUGAGAAGCAUGAUGUUGCAAACGAUGUAAUUUACCUAGAGGAUGAUAGGUCUGAUGAUCAAGAGGAUAGCUUACUUCAUCACUUAAAGUCAAGUGUGGCUAAGCGUAUGAAGAAUAGAAAAGGAAGAUUUGUGGCUGAACUGAUGUCAGCUAGAAUAGCUAAGAAGGUUGCUGGUGUUGGUCCUUCAAAAUCUUGGAGCAAGGUUGAAGUGAAGAAGAGGAAGGUUAGAGAAGUUUCUGAGUAUGAAGAGGAUAUCGAGGAAGAUGUCCCUGACAUCUCUCCUGUGAAGAAGUCCCCUAUGAAAGUUGUUGCUGUGCAUUUGGAUAAUAUUUCUUUCCAUCUUGAGGAUGGAGCUGCCAAAUGGAAAUUUGUGAUUCAAAGAAGGGUGGUUGUGGAAAGGGAGUUAGGAAAGGAUGAUGUUAAAGUCAAGGAGGUCAUGGAACUGAUAAAGACUGUUGGGUUAAUGAAGACGGUGUUUGGGUUCUCUCAGUGCUAUGAGGGUUUAGUUAAGGAAUUCAUUGUCAACAUUCCUGAGGAUAUUGCUGAUAAGAACAACAAGGAAUUUUGCAAAGUGUUUGUGACAGUUAAGCUGCCUAUUGCCUUUCCCUCUAUGAUUUGUGGGAUUAUCCUGAAUCAACACCCUGGUAUUCUGAGUUCUAAUGACUUACCAAGUAGAAGAAAACCUGCUUUGUCAAUGCAUUGUAAACCGUUUGAAGGCAGUCAUGUCGAAGUCAUUGUCAUGACAUCUGCUAUGAAAAAGCCAACCUCAAAAGUUUGA